AUGAACAUUUUUGCUGAAGCAGUUGCCAACGGGGAUGCUGUUAAAGUUAAACCCGAUCAACAACGCAUUAUCAAUUUCAUCGAGAGAGACACAAGUCUAUGCAUCGGCACUUCCGAUCUCACCGGUUGUACCGUGAUUGCCAUCGUUUCCGAUCGGGCAGCCAUUGUCGGCCAUAUCAAUAAACACCCAGCUCGGAACGGCAAGGACUUGAAUGAGCUUCAAGCUGCGGCCCGUAUCUAUGAGAAAAGAGUCAAUAAUGUGCUGGAUCUAUUUCUCGAAAAUGAAAAGUUCUUCCCAAUUAGGGAUUCACAAACGAAAAUCAUCAUUGCUAUAUAUGAAGGCAAACAAUCCGCUCCUUUUCUAAGGGACAUGAUCGACAAUUGCCUGGAGACCACGGUUUUGGAAUAUGCAAACAUCGCUUAUAUUCAGCCAGGUUCCGGCCACUACGGUGAUAACAUCGAGAAGGUAUUUUUCGUGGACGGACGUGGCGAAAAGCCAAUUGUAUUCGUCGAAGAAAGAGAGGUCCGUCUCUAG